CCGUACUAAUAUUUUUUAUUAUUAUAAGUGUUAAUUGUGUUAUCAACGAUAAAUAAGCAGUUUCAUACUGCGGAGUUAUCAAUAAAGUGUAUUGUUUUUUGAAACAUUCUUUCUUUUAAAGCUCUUUAUAAGUAGUUUUUUAACAUGUCGUUUUUUAAGAAUGUUACAUCAAGCUUCGCUAUUCGCAGUCGCGAUACAAUCCUCAAGGAGUCUCUUAUAAAUAACUUAUCAGAGUGCGUGAAAGACAUCCAAUACAACAGUCAAUUUGAAGAAAACUUUCAUAGUGUUCUAGGUUCUACAGAUUCAACGAAUACCUUGUGUAUGGCUUUGGAAGCUGUUUUCCUUCAUGGUUUGAAAGAUACUUUUUUAAGAAAAGCUAAAAAUGUUAUAUCUGGCGAUCCCGACUACCGUCCUCAAUCAAGUUUUUGGCCUCUCAUACUUGUUUUAUCACAUAGGCAAAACAUUGAUCAAAUUUCGUCCUUGCCACAGAUUAACACCGAAAUAGGCCAAUGUCGAUCAUGGCUUAGGAUCGCUCUCAACGAAUGUUUAUUGUCAUCCUAUAUGUCCACAUUAUUAAAAAACAUAUCAGCAGUGAAACCAUUUUAUAACAGAACAGCUUUCGUUUGUGAUACAGAAAUACUAGAAGUAGCACAACAACUAGUUCAGGGCUUGGAAACCUGUGUCCAAUUUAAUUUACCUAUAAAUUCUAGUUUAUUAAAUAAUUGGCCAGAUCAAGUAUUAAUGCAAGCUGGCAUUUGGGUUCCUACAAUGAGAGUAGCGCCAAUCACUGCAGGAUUAGAUGUGGCCAGCACUUUAUGCGAUGAAUCUAAACCAAAAGUGGCAACAACUCCAUCUCAUACCUCAAGUAUUACAGGUUUGGGGAGAAUGUUAUCUUUAAGUGAGGAUGAAGCUUUGAAGUUUAUACUUUCUAAAGAUACAAAUGAGAUACAGAACAAGCAGAAAAGUACAGAAGAUAAUAAAGAGAGUAAAAAGGACAUAGAAACAGAAACAGAACCUGCUACGAGUUCAAUCCACAUAGAACAGCCUGCAACAAGCCAAGAGCCAGUAGACUCUGGGCAGAUUUAUUCCUCAUCUGUAGACUCGGGAGAAUUUAUAACAACAUCUGAUGCAAUUGUAACAGGAAACUCAUUGAGUGGAAAAGGAUGGUCCAAUGAUGGUCAAGAUGAACUGAAUACAUCAAUGAAUUCAAAUUCAUCACAUGGAAGCAGUAUGAUAAAAACACCAGAAAUAAAAAGCCUAUCAUCACUUAUUGAUAACUCAAAUACUUAUAGUGAAACAAUAUCAAACACUCCAAAUUUGAGAGAUAUUAUGAAAGAUAUUCAUAAAGAGUUAAAAUUAACACCAGACGACAAUGAGUUCUGUGAGGUGAAGACAGAAACAGCUCUUCCUGAUGAUCCUACAUUACAGGGAUUAGAUUUUGAAGUAGUGCCAAACUCAACAACUGGGUCUUUCACUCCUCAAGAGUUGCAGAAAAUGGUAAAACAAUUGGGGACAUUGUCACGUGAAAAGGGUCUUGAUUAUCAAAAUUAUCAAUGCAAGACUUGUCAAGAUUUAUUGGGCAGUACCAUUUCUAAAGCAAAAGUGUGUGGCUACACUGGUGAAUACUACUGUUCCAAUUGUAUGGACCCUAAUGUUUUCAUUAUACCAUCUCGGGUCAUUCACAAUUGGGAUUUCAAAAGAUAUCCAGUGUCAAAGAAGUCAGCCCUAUUUUUAUUAGAAUUUCAGCACCAUCCAUGGAUAGACAUGAAAAAACUAAAUCCAAAGAUUUACUCUGGAGUUUCAGAUAUGGCUCAGUUGCAAGAAUUAAGAAUUCAACUUAAUUUUCUACGAGCUUAUAUAUUCACCUGCCGAGAACCAGUCAUUGAAGAAUUGCAGAAACGAGUUUGGCCCAGAGAGUAUUUAUAUGAUCAUCUCCAUACAUACACAAUAUCUGAUUUGGCACAAAUUCCAAAUGGUUCACUGGCCUUACAACUUGAGAAAGUAGUACAAUUUGCAAAAUCUCAUGUACUUGAUUGUUGGCUUUGUAGUCAAAAAGGUUUUAUAUGUGAAGUUUGUCGAGAUCCUAAAAUACUAUACCCUUUUGAGACUAGCUCUACUUACAGAUGUGACGAAUGUUCAAGUGUCUUUCAUUCAAAGUGUCUGAAUGAGAACUUACCUUGCCCUAAGUGCAAAAGGAGACAAGAUAGAACCAGUGAUACAUCGUUGGUUGACGUUCUGAAUAGCCAUUUCAAUAAAUGAAUCAUAUCUUAUUGUUAACAAUAUAUACCAAAACAAACAGAUAGCAUGUUGUGAAUUGGGAGUGAUUAUUUUCUCUCGUCAUAAUAUCGGUCGUAGGCCAUUAGACUAUUAACUUGCAAUAUGCAGCAGAUAAGAGUAAUGUGCUGAUAUUGUGUGCUUUUGCAACUACUAUUGUUUCAUAAUGUAAUUUAUAAUUAUGAUGCAUCAUAUUUAUAACAAAAAAUCUUGUCCUUGGCACAUGCAUUGAUAGCAGUUUAAUAUAUUAAUUACUUUAGAUAAUAAGAUACAUUAACAUAGAUUCUUAUAUUACAAAUAAUAUAUUACAUAUAGAGAGAAUAAUCUAUAAUUUUAUUAUUUAAAAAAUGGUGUAUCUACAAUAUAGGUGAUAUAUAUUUUAAUAAAUCAAUGCCAUAAAAAAAUAUACAAGCAUAUAUAUAGGACCAUUGGGAUCUUUACUUGGUGCAUCUUGUAUAAUUGGCUUGUGUCAUUUACUAAAACCAAAAAAAAAACAUAUCCUAGUAAAAUAAAUUUUAUUUA